AUGAGAGUAUAUUUUUUGACAGCCUUGCCCCUCUGAAUAGAAAAAAUGACCUAUUGUCCCUCAUAUAAUAAAUAAAUCAAGUUCAUUAUUUCUCUCUCAUCUUUACUGUCUCUCCUACUUCCCUCAACUCACAACUGUCUCUCCUACUUCCCUCAUUAUUUCUGAUCGAUGCAUCCCGAAGAACGCAGACCACCUACAUCGUCGAUGAAUACUCCACCCGUUCGUCCACCCACGAAAUCUACGACGAGCAACACAGCUAAUAAGGGGAAAUCGAAGAUGCAUCCAUCUACUAUUCCUUCUCCUCCUUCAAAUCAGGUGAGUUUAAUUAAAAAAAAAUAGAUUAGUUUUGUUUAUCCUACUUUCCUCUCCAAUCUCUGACCCAUUAACUUUUUGAUUCAAACAAGUCGGCGUCGGCACUAGGCCGUGAUUGUUAUAUUAAUUCCUUAAUGCUAGUGUGUGGUUGUGUUCUGAAACAAUUUGUUUUAUCUACUUUGAUUUGGGCCAGUUGCUCAAUGUCUAGAACUCCUAAAUUUAAAGACCCUGUUCUACAAAUUAAGCAAAUUUUGAUAAGAAUAAGUUUUAUAUAAGUUAGUUUACAGAUGUUAAGAUAAAUGAAAUGAUUAAAAAAGUUUAAACACUUGACUAAAAUCAUGUAAAAAAUAAAUUUGCAAGAGGAAAUAUAAGUUGCUGCUUGGUUUUGAUAAUGCAAAGUACUAUCAUCAAGAAGAACCGGCUGGGUUUUGAUAAGUACUAUAUUUUGAUAAUGCUACAUCCUACUAAGAAUUAUUUUGGUAAUGCAAAGUACUAUCAUCAAAGUAUUAUAGAAUAUAUGAUGAUCAUUAAGUUACAAUUUGUUAAACCACUUUCUAACUAACACAUCCUAAUUAUUUAUUACUUCCCUUGAAUAAAUUGUUUGCCAAAUUUUGACUCAACCAAACAUAGAACAGAGAGGCAAUUCAAAAUAUUUGUAUACUAAAUUUUUGAUUAGAGAGGCAAUUCAAAAUAUUUGUAUACUGAAUUUUUUAUUACUUUCAUAGAUUAUUUUUUAUCCUAUGUUAGUUGUUUAUUUGUUAUAUUUUUCAAUCUAAUCUUAUGGAGUUAGAUGAAUGAGCAAAAAGUGAAGAGAUCAAAAGCGACGUGGGAUGAUGAAUCAACUUGAUAAAACAACCCCCUAGAAUUUCAUUGUGUUCUGGAUGGCAAUGGGUACAAGAAGUGCUUUCAACUCCAGGUGAGAGUUAUAGGAUGUUUAGAAUGGAGUCUGAUGUGUUCUGUAGUCUUGCUAAAUUGUUGAAAGACGAUUAUGGUUUGAAGUCUACUAGGACCAUGUGUUCUGAAGAAUCACUUGCAAUGUUUAUAUAUUUAUGUGCUCAGUUUCAAUCAAACCGUAAUCUGCAAAAUAGGUUUAAACAUUCGGGGGAAACAAUCAGUAGAAAAAUGAAUGAAGUUCUUAAAGCUAUGACUAAAUUUUCUAGAGAUAUUGUGAGAGCUUCUGAUCCAUAUUUUAGGGAGGUCUCGGUCAAAAUACGAGGUAACUAUAAGUAUUGGCCACAUUUCAAGGAUUGUAUUGGUGCCAUUGAUGGGACUCACAUCCCAUGUGUUGUUCCGGAAGAAGAUAGAAUUCCUUACAUAGGGCGUAAAGGGCACCCAACUCAAAAUAUUCUGGCAAUUUGUGACUUUGACAUGUUGUUUACAUACUUUGUUGUUGGGUGGCCUGGAUCCGUUCAUGACAAUCGUGUUUUAAAGAAUGCAAUGGAUAAUCCAAAGAAGGCGUUCCCUCAUCCACCAGAAGGUAAAUAUUAUGUUGUUGAUGCGGGUUAUCCUAAUAUGAAAGGAUUUUUGGCUCCGUUUAAAGGCCAACGAUAUCAUAUUCCUGAUUAUCGCCGUUCAACUCAACCUCCAACCGGUUAUUACGAAGUCUAUAAUUAUAAACACUCUUCAUUAAGGAAUGUGAUUGAGCGAACAUUUGGAGUAUGGAAAAGUAGAUGGAGGAUACUAUCCAUGAUGCCAAAUUUUCCACUAGAAACACAAAACAAGACUGUUGCUGCAACUAUGGCUAUGCACAACUACAUUAGAAGACAUGCACUUGAAGAUUUGGAAUUCGACAAAUGCGAUGCGGACCCAAAUUAUAUUCCUGUGGUGGAAGAAGAUGCUCAAGAUAUUGGUGGUGGUUCUUCGAGUACUUUACGAGAAGAUCACGAUGGCUCAAUGGAUGAUGAUAGCAUGGAGUCUGUCCGGCACAACAUUGCAUCUUCUAUGUUGAAACAAGAUUUGCAAGAGCAAUGUGUAUAAAAUGUUAUUACUAGU